CGGUCCUUGGGCGCGCGCUGGGGCGGGGGAGUCCAGUGGAGGUGAGUCGAGGGGGGAGUAAAGUGAAGCGAAGCGAAGCGUCGCGAGCUGACGUGACGUGACGUGUCGUGUCGCGCAGGGAAGCCCAGGGCCAAGUCGUUCUGGAGAUGAAGUCGCGCUCCUUUCGCUGGUAGCCCUUUUUCAACGUUUAUUAUACAGCUGCCUUCGUUCCUGUUUUUGGGUGUGAAGCCCCCCCCCCGCGCGCACGUUCUCCGCGUGCCUUUGGAUUUUAAAAAAGAGGGGGGGAAGAGGAAGAAAAAAAAAAAAAAAAAAAAAAAGAGGGGGUGCAUUUUGGAAAGGGCCGGCUGGGAGCGCGCGCAGCGCUUUCGUGUGUGCUUGCUCCGGAGAAGGCAGGAGGGCAGAGAAGUGGGGGAGCACCGACGGGAGGCAUGGUGGACAACUCCGGCGGCAGCAGCAGCAAGGCGCAAAUGCCCAGCUUGUCGCAGGAAGGUGGGCUGGGAGGGGGUUACCCACAGGGCGGCAUGGCCGGAGUAAAGCUGGAGGCGGUGAUGGAGCAGCUCCAGCGACAGCAGCAGGCUCGACUGGAGAUGGAGCGCAAGGAGCGACACUUGCGUGAGGCCCACAUCAUAUAUGCGCAACAAAUGGCAGCUCAGCAAGCUAUCCUGGCUGCAGCCAGUACUUCGGGGACCCCGCUGGGGACUGGCUUCCUGGCCAAGGCCCUGCCAGGUGGGGUCUCAGCUUUGGGGCCCCAGACCAGGGUCUCCAACCAGAGCAGCGUGGAUUCCGAGCGGGAGGAUGAAGACGGCCGAGGCCGGGACUCCGAAUCGGGCUCGGAGGAGGGGGAGGAAGAAUUGAUGGAGGCUGGGGAAGGCAGCGAAGAGGACAGGGCGGGUGGAGGCAGUGCCCUGGAGUAUCUGCGCAAGCAGACCCUGGCCCUCCAGCAGGGCACGUCCCGUCCCCGUCCGUACCCUUCGGCAGGUGGAGCCCAGCCCGCUCCCUCACCUCCGGUCAGGGUGAAGCAGGAGCCAGAAGACGGAGCAUCUCCAACGAGGCGCCAUUUUUCCACAUCACCCAAUGGGCAGGCAGACUGGAGUUACGAUGACCCGUUCAAGCAGAGCGACAGCGGAGCCUGGACAGACGAAGUGGAUGGGGUUAGAGGAAGAGGAGAAGCAUCCAGAGACUUUGCAAAGUUGUAUGAGCUUGACAAUGAUCCAAAACGCAAAGAGUUUCUGGAUGACCUGUUCAGCUACAUGCAGAAAAGAGGAACCCCAGUGAACCGUAUCCCUAUCAUGGCCAAGCAGGUUCUGGACCUCUACAUGCUCUAUAAGCUGGUGACAGAGAAGGGUGGUCUGGUGGAGGUCAUCAACAAGAAGAUCUGGAGGGAGAUUACCAAAGGCCUCAACUUGCCCACCUCUAUCACCAGUGCCGCCUUUACACUGCGCACACAGUACAUGAAGUACUUGUACCCCUAUGAGUGUGAGAAGAAAGGUCUCAGCUCUCCAGGGGAGCUGCAGGCUGCCAUCGACAGUAAUCGCCGUGAGGGUCGCCGUCCGGGCUACAGUGCCAGCCUGUACCGCUUCUCUUCCUCCCCCAGCACUGCACCCCACAUCCUCUCAUCGCCCAAAAUGCACCUGUCUUCACUGGGUGGCGGGACAUCAACCGGGCUCAAUGGCCUGCAGGCCUCUCCAGGCCCUGCGCUUAAGAAAGCGGCAGAGGAGGUCUCCCCCUCUGUGCUACCCAGCCGGCUGCCAAUGGCCAUGGCAUUAGGCCAGCCGCAAUUAGCGAGGGCUGCUGCGUUGGACCAGCUGCGCGAGAAGCUGGAAGCGAGUGAGGGGCCCGAGCGCAAGGUGGCACGGCUGGCUGAGGAGCAACAUCGGCUCAUGCAGCAGGCCUUCCAGCGUAAUCUGCUAGCCAUGGCAUCGCAGGUGCCCAUGGGCCUCAACCUGGGCAGCAGCCGCGAGGACAAGCAGGACCUGGCUCUGAGCAUCACUUGCAGCAGUGCGUCCAGCAUCACCGUGUCUGUCGAGCUCAAUGGCACAGUUUACUCAGGAAUGCUUUUUGCCCAGCGAUCUGCAGCAGCUGUUAACAUGUCUGCCACAGCUACCCCUUCUGUCCCCAGCGGAGGGUUGGGUGUCCUCUCGUCAACCCACAGCCCCAGCCUCUCCUCAUCCUCCUCCAAGGGGCCCAGUUCUGCUGAGCCCUCUACCAGCGGCUCACCGUAAUGGCGGACCAGCUAGCCUUCUGGCCCCACCUAAGCCUGGCCACAAGUUGCUGGGCUACAGCAGGGAAGCAGGACAUUUUCACUGAUCACUUUUGAUCAAUGGAAAAACCAAACUGUUGCACAACAAAUACCUCAUUACCACCUGCUGGGUUCAACUGGCUGUACCUGCACGUGCAAAUUCAUACCCAUGAGGGGGGGACGUUCUCGUAGUUCAUGCUGUCAUACGUAUAAAUGGACAGACACCUGAACAAUCCACAAAUAGACAGGACAUGCAAAAACCCACUACAGUCUCAUGGUACAGCUAGGUCUGGCAGGUAGUCAAAGCUGAGCUUGAAGAUUUUUAUUGUGAAUUUUACUUAUGUCUAUUGCCAUUUGUUCACUUGAAUUUGCAAUUUAGUAUAUUCUUUACCUUUUACCUCAAGUCAGGAAAUCAAGAGUGGUUUGAAAAUACAACUAUCUAUACCUCAAGAGCUGUAGUGUAGUCGUGAUUGAAUGACUAGGUUACUUUUUAUAUUAAGUUAUGUUUUGUUGGUGAGAGGAAUCUUUUAUUGCUGUUCCCUGUCAAGUACGGCAUAAGACCUCCACUAUAUUAAAAAAUUGACAGGAUGUACUCAGACAUUUAUGUAUACAUUGUUUUGGAAACUUGAACUCAUGCAUUCAAGUAAGAUGAAAUGUUUUCACUGCAUGCUAAUUCACAUUUCAGUUUAAAGUACAGGUUUCCCUUGUAUAACAGUUACGUAUUAUAAGAGUUCAAAGUUAUGGACAAAAGUAAUCUGGAUGCAAAAUUUGCAUAAUGACCCAUCAGUUUUAUUAAGAUAUGACGUAGGAGCCAUUCCAAAUACACACCUUGGUUACUUUGCACCAGAUGAGAGUUCCCUCCCUGCACAAUGCUGGGCUUCUCCUGCACAUGUCAGUUGCGAAGACGAGCUUAAAAAAAUAUUGAUGUGAUGCAUAGAAUUCUCUUGAAAGACAAUAUCAUUCUGAAUGACGUAUGAUACGCUGCACUAUUUUAUCGAAAAUGAUACCUUAAACAUAGCCUGGCAGAGAGGGAUAACAAGUGCUGUUCAGUAAUUUUGAGAAUUUCCUGGGUAGGUAGUCUACUACUACAACUACUAAUAAUAAUCUGUGCAUAUUGCAUUAAAAAGCAGAUAAUCAAAGCACAUAAUGAACAAAAGCAAUUUUGUUAUGCACAAGAAUGUGUGUAACACACUGCCAGCUUUGUGAUACAACAGCUUCGUGCUCGGUGAUCCCUUCCCUCCGUUUUGUGUUUCUUUAAAUAAACUCAACGCUUCAGUCCACCACAGUCCCACCCCCUGUAUUUAUGACAGUAUAGGUCUUAAGGUAACUUUCAAUGGCCAAGUACGGAAUUUGGCUGUUCCAGAGCCAUUCUGAUGAUCUCGACUUAGAUUUCAGUUAUCUUUUCUCCACGUCUAAAAGAUAAGACAGCAGUUCAGCACAUUUUGACGUAUGAGCACUCUAGGCAGACUAGCUGCAUGCUGUGUGUACACAAACACUGUCCCGGCAUGAAUCUCAUCAGACUUGUCCAUCCAAACUGCAGCCAGGCUCCUUUGGUGUCAUCGGGACAAGCGUCGCAUGUUAUAGCUGCUACAGCAGAGCUGCAGCACUUUUUACCACCUUACA